CGCGACAUUAAUUCGCAUGUGCGGAGCUCGUGUUGUUGAUAAACAUGACCACGGAAAUUAUAACUGCACUUAGCGUCCUUACCAAACCAAUUCGAGAGGCCAAUUUGGGUGGCUCACAAUCAACCCAGCAGGAAGUGCUUGUGUCUGCUCUCCAGAGGAACCAGUUGGAGCUGAAGCGAAUGUUAGACGGCGGCGAGCUGGAGGAGGCCAGACGUUUACUAGAGGAGGUCAGGACUGAGACACAGUGGUUCUGUGCUCACACUGAGGACCUAACCUGGAGCUUUGUACAGGAGUGUCUCCUCCUGCUGCUCUGCUUGGCGCGAAACCUCUGCAGGCUGGUGGAGGCUUUUAACAGGGACUCAUGUCCUGCUGUUUCAAACCCUCGUACUCCAGAGGCAGCUCCACCAUUACCUCCAGAUGUCCUUAGUGUAGCUCAGCAGAAGACUCUGGGCACAGUGCUACAGUUUCUUGUUACUCUGGGCCUGUGUCCAUACUUGGUACCCGGGGUGGGGGUGAGUCUGGCACUGCGCUCUGCAUUUGGGGUUGCUGUGGAGGGAGCAGUGCGUCGUGACGUGGCUCCACCUUGUGAGCGCAGACUUUUCAUAACCACUACUGUUUUUCUUGAGGUGGCUGCACAUUCAUCUCUGGCCACGCUAGUCUUUACUCGCCACCUGGGUGAUCUCAUGGCAGCUCUCUGCCAGUUAGGAUAUCGGCCUCAUCGGCCCGUUGGAGAAAGUGCAGAGAGUAGUAAGGGCCUCACUGUGGAGGAGAGGAAGACGAGCAAACAAGAACUUCAGAAUCUCCUGGGAAGAGUUUAUCAACCAAUUGCUAUUAAGGAACUGCUGGUUCUCCAAGGAGGCCCUAAGGCGGGUCCAGGCUCCAAGUUGCCUCAGGCUCCCCCUUGGUUGAGGCGUCUUUGUGGCCAGCUGCUCUCUGAGAGGUUGAUGCAGCCACACGGUGUCCAAGCAGUGGUCAGAGCCAUCCUGGAGGGAACGGGAGGUGGAGACUCAGAUUGGAGAAAAUGUGAUGCUGUGGCCAAAAUCCUGGCGACCUGCCCCCAGCAGUCGCUUUCUGCUGAGAGUUAUUACAGUCAAGUGUGCCCGCAGGUUUUAGAGCUUCUCCAUUUCACGGACAAGAUAACGGCUCUGCAGUUCCAGCGAGUGGCCACCAGGGUGGUGCUCACCAUGGUGCAAGAUCAGCCCGAGUUUGCCCAGCGCUUCUUAGUGACUCCUCUCCUGUCACCCCUACAGCACUGUGCAUCAGUCCCAGAAGCUGCAAAUCCUACAGGAGAGGAUGUCGUACCGGAGUUUGAGCUGACUCGUUGUGUGGAGGAUGUGUAUAAAAUCUUCGUGGUGGGUAACAGUCCAUCAGGAAUACUGCCAUGUGCUCUGGGGGAUGUAAUUCCCACAAUCUUCAGCCUGUUUUGUUACACUAAACAAAAUGUCUCACACCUACGCAACCCCUGUCAUGAGAUCCUGCAGUGGUACCUGUCACAUGUGGAGCAUUCAACAGCACUUCUACUGCUCAAAUACCUAUGUGAUGUGCAGGGUGGUCAAGGUGGAGUUGCGCCUGACUACCAAUUCUCACCUGGCAGUGAAGGAGGCGUCAGACUCACCCUAAAAGACCCAGUCAGGUCUGUAACUGCUGAGGAUGACAUGUUAUAUGAAAAAGUGUCAGGGGAUCAGUGGAAAGUGGAGUGUGUCGUGCAGCUUUUGGCUGAUAUGAAAGACUCAGAUCUGCCUGGAGAAUUCUUCCUCUCGCUGCUGCAGGAUCUGACAGACAUGGCAGCAGAGCAGCAUGAGCCUGAGAAGGACGUGGACACGUCUUCCAUGACGCUGCUGGAGCUGGAGAAACACCUCACAGGGUGUGUGAGUGGCUAUGAUCAGAGGUUGGCUCUCCUACAGACUCUGGCUGUUAUGUGUGAGAUUCUGCCACACACACAGCUACUGCGUAAGGCCACCCAGGUGGUGAGUUUCAUAGAGUCCAUGCUACAGAGGGCAUGUGUGAGUUUAGAACAUGGCUCAGAGAGCUUAAUUGAGAGUCAGACUCUGAGUAUGGGAAUGGGGCUGGUGGCCACGCUGCUGUCUGGGGCUGCAGAGCUAACUUCAGAGGACUACUCCUCCAUGGCCAGGCUACUGGCUCCUCUGGAGCAGAUUUCACAUCAGCACCCAGAGCUGGUGAUCCAGGAGCUGGCAUCAGAUCUGCGGGCUACCAUAGCUACACGAGGGGCUUAUCACUCAGACUCAGUGAAUAAUGCUGCCCAAUUUUAUAGCCAUAGUGGAUAUGCUCAAACAAAGGAUGGGGUGCCAAGCCAGAAACCAGGAAAUUUUGUAAAACCUGUGGGAAUCUCAGACAGCCCCCAAUCUCCUGUCAGUAAGAACCUUGAGAUGCCGCAUGUCAUUCAGCAGUCCCCUAAUGUUCCAUUGAGCUGCUCUUCAGCCAAUUCGCAGUCUGAUGGCUUGAUGCCUUCACUUUCCCAAAAUACAGCAUGUCAUGGCACAGUUAAUUCAUCUGCCGAAAUGAGGGAGCAGGCCCAGAGUUUUCAGCAUACAGAUGAAAGAAAUGGAAAAUCAUUUAGACCGAAGUCUGCUGCCAGCACAAACAUGUCUGCUUCCACUGCUCCUCCAGAGAAGGUCUUUUCUGAAUGGUUGUUAGAAGCCUGUGACCCCGAUGUGCCAACCAGGGCUAUGGCACUGCGUGCACUGAGCCAGUGCGUAAAAGAGGGAACAAAGGAGUCAACACAAGCCCGUGACAAGCUUCUGAUGAUAUUUUUGGAAAACCUGGAGCAUGAAGAUUCAUUUGUGUACCUGUCUGCUAUUCAAGGCCUGGUCUUUUUGGCUGACUCGUUUCCUGAGCAGAUCCUGCAGAGGCUGUUGGCUGAGUAUCAGCCAGCUCUAAGUGCAGCUUCCUCCAGCAGGGGGCGAUGUCUGGAGACACGCCUCAAGGUGGGGGAGGCUUUGAUGAGAGCCAGCAGAGCCAUGGGUGACCUUGCACCACAUUAUGGCCGCCCUCUGAUCGGGGCAUUCCUGAGUGGCACACGGGAUGAGGACAGCAGCGUUCGUGCCAGCUGCCUUUCCAACUUGGGAGAGCUGUGCCAGCGGCUAAAUUUUUCCCUCGGCCCACUGGCACAAGAGUUAAGCAUGUGCCUCACAACCCUGAUCAAGACAGAAAAACAGGCAGAGGUGCGGAGAGCUGCAGUCCAUGUCAUUGCUUUACUACUGAGGGGCCUUAGUGAUAAAACCACUCAGGUUCUAGGAGAUGUUCUUUUGAAGCUUUAUCGGGCUUUGAAGUGGGUGGUGCGCUCUGACUCGGAUGAGGUGGCUGUACUUCAUGCUCAUCUUGCCCUGGAAGAGCUUGAUGAUAUCAUGAGGAAAUUUAUUUUCCCCCAGCAGAAAUUGGAGAAGAAGAUUGUGGUUUUGCCUUGAUUAUAAAUACCUACAUGGGCUAAUUAUUAACAUUAUUAUUUAUUUUUUUUUUUGCAUAAAUGUGGUUUAAAAAAGAAAUUCUCACUUCUCAUACUUUUUUAAAUUGCUGUUGUCUGACUGAGUAGUAUUCAGGCUUUUGUCAUCAAACAGAAGUCGAAGGGCAAAAAGGGUAAGGAAGAGAAAAUAAAAGACUGAGGUCUUUUUCUGCACACAUGGCCAAACAGCACUGCACUAUGUACUGUAUGUAAUUCUUAUGCCCCUCACCCCCACCUUUCUGUACUACAUAUACAAAAAAAAAAGCUUUUUGUCAUCUAUGGGUAAGAUAAAAAUGUUUGAUUCAUUACCUAACGUAAAAGUGUUUGUUAAAAGAGGUUCACAUGCUGUGGAACAGUGGCAUGUCCUUUUUAGCUUCCAGUGUUUUUUGUAUUAUUCCCAAUAAACCAUUUUGAUUAGGCCAUGUAGAUGUUUGAUCAUGCUCCGACACAGAAGAUGUCACAGAAGCAUAUAAUUAUUUCAGAAUUACACACAGCACAUAAUUUUAAAGACACACUUGUACAGAAUUUAAAAUAUUUUUGGUGUCACUGUGAAUAAAUUGUGUAGAUCUGCCAAAAUUGAUAAAAUAUCUUUUUUGAUGUUUUUUUGCUGUAUUUACUUUAAGAAAGAACAAAGA